UGAGACUCGGCUGCAAUCGAGCCUCGUUUCCUUCCUUCAUGAAUUCCUUCAUUUUGUAGAACAAGCUCCCAAUUCAACCCGCGCAUUUAUUUUCGCGCUUCAUUCACUUCAGUUCUUCACCAUGGCGUCAACGCCGAUGGAUCUAGACGUCCCCGACAACUCGUCGCCUGCCAAUGGCACGCCGUCUACGUCGCUGAACAUCACGCGCACUCUAGGCAGCGGCUUACCUAGUACGUCGUCGGUGACUGAUGUUGCUUCGACGUACCGAGCUACGAAGUUAUUCAAGCGAGAGGAUAUUAAGGAUGGCCGACCGCAACCCUACAUUCUAAGUCUCGACUACGACGACCCCGGCGAGCUAUUGAUGACAUCUGAAUCCGAUGAGACGAUCCAGAUCUACAAAGUUCGAGAAGGUCGUCAUGAUAAGCAGUUAUUGAGCAAAAAGUAUGGGGUCAAAUUUGCGAAGUUCACGCAUAAUAGUUCUAGUAUAAUAUAUGCGAGUACAAAGCAAAAUGAUGCCAUUCGAUACUUGACUACACACGACAAUGCCUUCAUCCGAUAUUUCGAGGGUCACCAAGCCCCUGUCACAUGUCUAGCGAUGCACCCAGGCAACGACGACUUUAUCUCUUGCAGUAAGGACAAUACGGUCCGACUAUGGAACGCGGGAACGAAGAACGAAACCGGAGCCCUUUAUUUAAACACCCCACACCUCGCAGCCUUCGAUCCCAGUGGACAGGUCUUCGCGGUAGCAUCUCCUUCUUCUGGGAUGGUUCUACUUUAUGAUCAUCGAAACUUUGAGAAGGCACCCUUCGCGGAAUUCGACAUUGUAGAGGCAUGCAGCUCGAUCGAUACCAAUAAAUUAAUGGAGGGCUGGACGAAGUUGGAGUUCGCGAACGAUGGCCGAUCUAUUUUAUUGGGUACGAAGGGUGAGGGUCACUUCCUUUUAGACUCGUUUAACGGCAGUCUAAAAGCGUACCUACGCAAACCGGAUGGUGGAAGCAAUAGACUUGCAGCCGGAGAGGAUUACACGUUGAACGGCGACGGACCAAGUGGCUCAAACAUCGAGGGUGGUGGUGAUUGCUGCUUCUCGCAAGAUGGACGCUACGUAUUCGGCGGGACGAAGAAAGGAGCGGUCGUAUGGGAUACGCUAGGUAACACACCCGAGAAGAUCAUCCUCGACCCAGCAUACACACUCGAGGAUGAGCGCCCGGCUGCUGUAGUCGCUAUGAACCCUCGAUUCAAUUUCUUUGCAACUGCCGAUCAGGACUUAGUAUUUUGGUUGCCCGAUCCACAUGCUUAGGAGGCUUAUUUGGACGAACAUUUUGAGAAGUGGUGGCACUAUAAGUACAGAGCGGUUAAUGAGAAAGACAAAGGGUGGGUGCCGCUAUUUAGUUGAUGGUCGUGGUUGGGUUACGUACGGAAGAUACCCCCAUUUGCAUUGCAUUGGUGACGGCGUCUAAAAGGGUUUUAUUUGCAGAUUCUUUCCAUAGGCAAUAAGCCAUUAUUUUUUUAGGCGUUUUGACAGAUUUCAGAAAAAUAUUCCAGUCGAUUUGAAGUUACCUUGCUGUCGCGAUUCUUGUGAACUGAUUUGAGAUCACAAAAUAAUUAUACAGUUGUCUAUAUUUAUGCUGCUUUAUGAAAUGAGGCUUGAGCUACCCCGCGGGUCUGGGAAGAAGCUCUCCACUUUUAUAACCACCCUUGUCUAAUAUUGGGACCCCACGCUGCGCACCGUCC